ACCCCCUCCCCCUGCAUCGUCAUCAUCAUCACCGUCGCCUUCAUCACAACACGGAAGCGGUGCACAGGAGAAGCAUCUGCAGACAGGCGGGAGGAAGACGGGCAUAAAUUGCAGGUAAACGCAGUCCACUGCAAUAACCCCAGGUGCACAAAGGCCACGCGGACAAACAGCACGCGGGCGACAUGGCGCUGAUCCCCUCGCAGGUUCUCCGAGCCGCCAUCCUGCUAUCGUACUUCUCCAUCCUCUGCCAUUACAAGGCUCUGGACAUGCCGGCGCACCAGACUUACGGAGGCAGCUGGAAGUUCUUAACCUUCAUAAAUCUGGUGAUCCAGGCCACGUUUUUCGGAUUGUGUGUCUUGAUUGAUGUGUCCAGUCUGCUCACCAAUGGGGGGGACAGCAGGGAGCAGGAGCGGCAGCACAAGAAGCUGAUUGGUCUGAGAGACUGGAUGAUGGCUGUCCUGGCCUUCCCUGUUGGAGCGUUUGUGGUGUUCACCUUCUGGACUUUGUACCUGUACGACAGGGAGCUGGUUUACCCCAAACUGCUUGAUAAUUUCAUUCCUCAGUGGCUCAACCAUGGCAUGCAUACCACUGUUCUCCCAUUUGUGGUCAUCGAGAUGAGGACCACUCACCACAAGUAUCCCAGAAGGCUGUGGGGUUUGGUGGCAGUGUGUGUCUUCAGCAUGGCGUACAUCAGCUGGACCUGCUGGGUGCACCAUGUGACCGGUGUGUGGGUGUACCCAGUGCUGGAGCGCGUCUCCUCCAUUGCUCGAGCGGCUUUCUUCAGCGCCAUGACACUGUUGAUCUUCAUUCUCUACGUCCUGGGAGAAAUCCUCAACAGCUACAUUUGGGAACAACCACAAAAAGAAAAGGUUAAAGACGAGUGACCCCUCCCAAAAUGUUAAAGGAAGAUGGGCCUUGCGCACUCGGGACAGCGAGAACAAGACAAAUGUGGAAGAUGUUUUUAAUCCUAAAAACAAAAAAAGAACUAUUAUUUUCUGCUGGAGCCUCUGAAUCAACACACAUACAUGCUGCAAGCACACAAAUACAAAAAGGAAAAAGUCUUUGAUUCCGUAUUGAUAUUUUGAUAGGGAUUCUGCAUGUUGUCUAAAGAUGAGAGAGGUCUGUAAUGUUCAUCAUAGAUACACUACAACAGUCAGAGACCGAAUGUAAAGAAGAAUCCAGGAAAUCCCACUGAUUGACUUUUAAAUAAUAAUUAUUUGUGCAGAAAUGGGUAUUUAUCUCCUGAAACCUAACAAUAAGUAUAUUGCUUAUA